UCGUUCAUUACAGUUGCAUGUACUGAUCAUGGCUUUUCUUCCUCGCGCUGAACAGCCUACAUGUAACGCGAGGCAGCAUCAAGUAUUUGAGAAGGGCUCGUCAUUGUCGUGAGAUCAUUCGUCGUCUGUCCAGUGGCUGCAAUUGGUCGCAUGAACGUUUAUCUCCCCCAGACUCCAGACUAAAGGAUGAAAUGAGGUACAGAGCUCAAGAGCUGAAGGAAUGGGCGAAUAAAGACAGACGAAAGACGCACACGGAGAGCGCUGUGAGCCAUCUGACAAGAUCUGAGUGAAGUCUGACCAUCACAAGACGCGCGAAUUUGGAUCACAUUUAGAUCAAGCGGAUUUCAUUGAAACGAAUGGUGUGAAAGGUGCAGGGCAAGCAUCACUCACACGGCUAUAAGGAUGUGGGUGUCGGGAUCGAGGAUUAAGCUGUGGUGUCCGCUUAUCUCGCUGGCACUGAUUCAGUUUCUUACCCCUGUUUCGGCUCAAGUUCCAGCUCCGAGAAGACUUCGAUUUAAAGUUCUGAGUGCAGGCAGGCUACUUGUCUCAUGGAAGGAACCAAAAGGAGAAUAUGAUGGCUACAAAUUUAUAUAUAAUAAUGAACCAGGUGGGAAAACAAGCGAGUUGCAAAUUGCAAGGGGAGAGAAUAAAGCAAUAAUAAAGGAUUUUAAUCCCGGGAAGGAGUAUUCAGUCAAGGUUAUAGCUGUGAGUGGAAACCUGCACAGCCGAGCACUUCAGGGAAAGUAUACUGCAGAAGACCAGAGCAGUGAUGGAGACACCACUCAGCUUCAAAGACUGAAAGAACCAGCACCUGUGGAAGAAGGCAAUGAGAUCUCAGGAGUGGAUCAGUUUGUCUGCACAACUUCUUCUAUUGCGGAUAUUGUCAUCCUGGUCGAUGGAUCUUGGAGUAUUGGACGAAUCAAUUUUCGUCUGGUUCGCAUGUUCCUUGAAAACCUGGUCAGUGCCUUCGAUGUGGGAAUGGACAAAACCCGGAUUGGACUGGCCCAGUAUAGCGGGGAUCCACGAAUUGAGUGGCACUUGAAUGGCUUCAGCACAAAAGAUGCAGUAAUAGAUGCUGUCAAAAACCUGCCAUACAAGGGAGGCAACACUCUCACAGGUCUUGCUCUUACCUACAUCCUUGAGAACAGCUUCAAACCCGAGUCUGGGGCUCGUAGCAAUGUUCCCAAAAUUGGAAUUCUGAUAACUGACGGCAAAUCCCAGGAUGACGUUAUCCCACCCGCCCAGUCCCUGAGAAGUGCUGGAGUCGAGUUAUUUGCCAUUGGUGUGAAGAAUGCUGAUGAGAACGAGCUGAAGGCCAUCGCCUCUGAACCAGAGGAAACACAUGUUUAUAAUGUGGCAGACUUUAGUAUAAUGAGCACUAUAGUGGACGGCUUGACCAGUAAGGUGUGUGAUGGAGUGGAGCAACAAGACAAAGAAAUUAUACGAGAUUCUUCCACUGAAGAGACAGCGUCUCCACCCCAAGACUUGGUCACUUCUGAGGUGACUGCACACAGUUUUCGAGUGUCCUGGACUCAUGCGCCUGGCAGUGUGGAAAAAUAUCGGGUUGUUUACCAUCCAACCGGAGUAGAUAUUCUGGAAGAGAUUGUGGUGGGCGGCACGAAGAAUUCAGUCGUCCUGCAGAAUUUGAACUCUCUGACUGAAUACGAGAUUGCUGUGUUCGCUGUGUACCGCAGCGCAGCAAGUGACGCUCUGAGAGGCAGCGAGAUCACACUGGCUCUGCCAACAGUGAGAGAUCUCAAGGUGUACGAUGUGACAGACAACAGCAUGAGAGCCCACUGGAGAGAUGCAGAAGGGGCUUCUGGGUACAUGAUCCUUUACGCUCCACUGAGCAGUGAGAAUACAGAUGAAAGAGAGCUAAGGGUGGAUGAGUCGGUGACUGAUGUGGAAUUGACCGGAUUGAUUCCUGACUCAGAGUACACCGUUACGGUCUAUGCCAUGUUCGGAGAGGAGGCCAGUGAUCCCGCUACUGUUCAGGAGACCACCAUGUCCCUGAGACCUCCACGUAACCUGCGGGUCAGUGAAGUGGACCACAGCUCUGUGCGACUCAAUUGGGACGCAGCGUCCAGUAAGGUUAAGGGCUACCGUGUCAUGUAUAUGAAGACAGAUGGUGUCCAGACCAGUGAGGUGGAUUUGGGUCCAGUCACCAAUGUGUUCCUGAAGAACCUGUUACCCUUAACAGAGUACACCGUUGCAGUUUUUGCUCUCUACGAUGCCGGCCAAUCAGAGGCACUCAGUGGUGGAUUCACUACAAAGCUUGUGCCGGCCCCGUUCAGCCUGAUGACAUCAGAGGUGACCUCAGAGAGUUUCCGGGUCAGCUGGUCACAUCCUGCCAGAGAUGUGGUGCUCUAUAAGAUGACCUGGUCACCCACUGAAGCAGGAGAAGAGAGAGAGAUGAUGCUGGAUGGAGCUGUGGACUCAUAUGUGAUUCAAGACCUGAGUCCUUUUACAGAGUAUAAGGUGUCACUGUCAGCCAUCUAUAAAGAUGUAACGGAGAGCAGCGCUGUAGUUGUGCUUGAAAAUACUUUGGGCCGGACCACAGAAGUUCCCACCACUGUUCUCUCCACUACAGCAUUUGUUCAUCUGGGAGUGAUUAACCUGUGGGUGAAUGAGGAGACCCCCUUCAGUAUGCAAGUGAACUGGGAGGUGCUGGACUCUGACGUGGAUCAGUACAAAGUGACAUAUGUCAGCGCAGACCGCACAGAAGAGACAGUGUUAGUCUCAGGAAACAGAAGAAGCGUGAUCCUGCAACCUCUCCUCUCAGACACAAGGUACAAGAUCACAGUGACCCCUUUUUAUGCAAAUGGAGAGUCCACAGCUCUGGCCAUGGCCUCAACCGGCAAAACACUGCCACUUUCAGGACCCAGUAACCUAAGGGUGUCUGAUGAAUGGUAUAAUCGCUUCCGCGUCAGCUGGGACAGCCCUCAGUUCCCUACUGUGGGUUACAGAGUCAUCUACAAGCCCAUCUCUGUGCCAGGUCCGGCUCUAGAGACGUUUGUAGGGGAUGAUGUGAACACCCUGCUGAUCCUCAAUCUGUUGAGUGACACGGAGUACAGCGUUCAGGUCAUCGCCUCCUACACCACCGGCUCCAGCCAACCCCUCACCAGCAAGGGCAAAACACUGUUCCUGGGGGUGAACAGUCUCAGCACAUACCAGGUGCUCAGUAGCAGCAUGUGUGCCCAGUGGCAACCCCACCGCCACGCCACCGUCUACAGAGUCGUCAUUGAGUCACUGCUCAACGGUCAGAAACAGGAAGUGAGGGUCGGUGGUGGUGCAUCUAGAGAGUGCUUCUUCAACCUUUCCCCCGACACCCAGUACAAGAUCAGCGUCUACAGUCUUUUACAGGACACAGAGGGUCCUGCUGUCACCACAAUGGCAACCACUGCUCCAGCACCCACCCAGCCACCGACUGCACCACCCACCACCAUCCCUCCUCCCACCAUCCCCCCAGCCAAAGAAGUUUGUAAAGCAGCCAAAGCAGACCUGGCCUUCCUCGUAGAUGGCUCCUGGAGUAUUGGAGAUGACAACUUUCAGAAGAUUAUCCGUUUCCUAUACAGCACAACUGGUGCACUUGAUGUGAUUGGCCCAGAGGGAACACAGGUGGCCAUUGUUCAGUUCAGUGAUGACGCCAGGACUGAGUUCAAGCUCAGCUCCUACAGCGAUAAGGAGGCUCUGCUGGAUGCUGUGCAGCGCAUCACCUACAAGGGAGGAAACACCAAGACAGGUCGAGCCAUUAACCAUGUGAAGGAGGCCAUCUUUGCUGAGGACACGGGUGCAAGGAGGGGCAUUCCUAAAGUGUUGGUAGUGCUCACGGAUGGCCGAUCUCAGGAUGAUGUCAACAAGAUCUCUAAAGAGAUGCAGACGGAGGGCUACAUCAUCUUUGCCAUUGGCUUCGCUGAUGCUGACUAUGGAGAGCUGGUGAACAUUGCCAGCAAACCUAGCGAGAGACAUGUGUUCUUUGUGGAUGAUCUGGAUGCCUUCAAGAAAAUUGAAGAACAGCUCAUAACUUUUGUUUGUGAGGCUGCGACUGCCACUUGCCCCUCGAUGUUAAUGAGUGGGAACACUUUAGCUGGUUUCCGUAUGAUGGAGAUGUUUGGUUUGGUCGAGAAGCACUACAGCAGUGUGCAAGGUGUCUCAAUGGAGCCUGGGACUUUCAACAGCUACCCCUGCUACCGGUUGCACAAGGACGCCCUCGUCUCCCAGCCUACCAGGUAUCUACAUCCAGAAGGCCUUCCCUCUGACUACACUAUAUCUAUGCUGUUCCGCAUACUGCCUGAAACUCCUCAGGAACCAUUUGCAUUGUGGGAAAUCCUCGACAAAAACAAUGAGCCACUGGUGGGCAUUAUCCUGGAUAACGGAGGGAAAACAUUAACCUUCUUCAAUUACGACUACAAGGGAGAAUUUCAAACAGUGACUUUCGAAGGAAGUGAAAUUAAGAAGAUUUUCUAUGGCAGUUUCCAUAAGCUUCAUGUGGCCAUCAGCAAAACCGCUGCUAAAAUGGUGAUCGACUGCAAAACGGUGGGAGAGAAAUCCAUCAAUGCUGCAGGGAACAUCACCAUUGAUGGAGUGGAGGUUCUGGGACGCAUGGUCCGCUCACGUGGAAGGAGAGAUAACUCAGCGCCGUUUCAGCUCCAGAUGUUUGACAUAGUCUGCAGUACAUCAUGGGCCAGUCGGGAUAAGUGCUGUGAGCUUCCAGGCUUGAGAGUAGAAAAGGACUGUCCUGCCAUGCCCCAUGCCUGCACCUGUGCUCAGGAUAGCAAAGGACCACCUGGACCCUCUGGACCCCCGGGCGGUCCUGGUAUCAGAGGUUCAAGAGGAGAUCGGGGGGAGCCAGGCUUGACGGAGACUGCUGGGCAUUCACACUUUGUUUCAGCAGCCCGGCUGGUGGGGCCUCAAGGGCCAUCUGGUGAGAUUGGACCUCCAGGACCGCAGGGGCCACCGGGUCCUCAGGGGCCAAAUGGACUGUCCAUUCAGGGGUCACCGGGGGCUCCAGGAGAGAAAGGAGAGAAGGGUGAAAUUGGUCUGCCAGGUCCUCAGGGUGUACCAGGUGCCAGUGGAGGACCAGGCCGAGAUGGACCUCCAGGACAGAGAGGCCUACCGGGUAAUGAUGGACCCCAGGGACGACAGGGCCCUCCAGGACCAAUGGGAAGCCCUGGAGCUCCUGGGGCUCCAGGUCCAAAUGGAUUGCCAGGGCAAAAUGGUGAUCAGGGGCUACCUGGGCCUUCCGGCACCAAAGGUGAACGAGGAGAGAGAGGUGACAUGCAGUCUCAGGCCGCUGUCCGUGCCAUAGCGCGACAAGUUUGUGAACAGCUAAUUCAGAGUCACUUGUCUCGCUACAACUCUAUUUUGAACCAGAUUCCCAGUCAGUCUGUUUCAGUACGAACAGUACCAGGUCCACCGGGUGAGUCUGGUCGGCCAGGACCUCCGGGGCCACAGGGAGAGCAGGGUCCCCCUGGCAGACCAGGAUUCCCUGGAGCCAGUGGGCAAAAUGGCCGCCCAGGAGAGAGAGGUCUCCAAGGAGAAAGGGGAGAGAAGGGCAGUCCAGGGAUAGGGACACAAGGUCCUCGUGGUCCUCCAGGGCCCCCAGGGCCUCCUGGAGAAGGUCGGACAGGAAGUCAGGGCCCUCCAGGGAGACCUGGAAUUCAAGGCACCUCAGGACGUCCAGGUAUCCCUGGUAGCCCUGGUCCUGCAGGACCCCCCGGCUACUGCGACCAGAACUCCUGCCUCAGAUACAACGUUGGAGUACAACAGUUACCCUCCAAUCCCUACCAAAACUACGAUCCUGCCACCAACUACAACAACGAUGAGGAGGAAGAGGACCCUUACGGUGGCUACCGUGCCUACCCUCCUCAAUACUACCAACCCAGUUACCCUGACCCCCAUGCGGCCAGGUUUGGCCCCGCCCACCCUGGUGACACGGUGGGGAUGAGGUCAGCUGGCACACAACGCUUCUCCCGCAGCACGGUCCAAGAGGGGAGCGUCGACGAGUCGGAAGUGCAAGCGAAGGCCAAAUAACUCAACACAGAACACUUUUCAUCAGAAUAUCCUGCAGGAUAGGACUGAGGGAAAUCCGAAAAGUGCCUGCUAUAUGCAUCUUUAUGGGGGUGGGUUUGUGGAGAAGAUUAGAAAAUGAAACUGUGCCAAUAUUCAUCCAGUGACUUUUCUGUCUUUUUGUGAGGCUGCAUGUAGCCAAUGAGAUAAAAAGCAAAUUCAAAGAAGGAACACUGCAAAAAAAAAAAAAAAAAAAAAAGAUAAAAAAUCAUUUUCACAAUCAGUAUUUUGUCUGGCUGUCCAGUAAAAAUAUCUAAACUUUCUCAAAAAAUAAAUAUUAAUUUACCUGAAGUAAAAUUUAUUGAAUGAAUUCAAAAUAUAUUGAAUUAAAUUUAUUCUGUAUUCUUAUAAAAGCAAUUCAGUUAAUUCAGUAUGUAUUUUCUAAUAAUUAUAAUAAUAAUACAUUUUUAAGAAAAUAUAUAGUAAAUUAAAUUUUUUAUAAAUAGGUUUUUCCCCCUGAAAAAAACCCUCCUUUGCCCAAGGGAAAUGCAUAAUUGCAUUUAUUCUUCUAAUUUAAUUUUCAUGUUUCAAUCAUUAACCUCACUAAAUUUAAUCUAGAUUUAUGCUUAAAAAUCUGUGCCAAUUCUAAGAAAUAAACUUAAAAAUAAAAUAUCUAUUCUUCAUAAAACAAAUCCUAAUGUCUUACAUUAUAUGGUUCCACAAGCAAUUUUUUUGGAAAGAUAUUUUUACUGAAAAACAAAAACGCUGAUUAACAAAAUGAUUUUUGCAGCGCAGUGGUUUUGAAUUGUGUAUUCCAUAUCUUUUGUAAAUGAUAAUGGGGGUGUCUGUACAGUUUGUGUAUUUUUUUUAAAAGUGCAAAUUGGUGAUCUACUAUGUUACAAAUUUCACAGAUGUUUACAGCAUUUUGCAGUGCUCUGGAACUGGCUAUUAAGUUAUUUUAUUAAGAGAAAAAAAAAAAUACCUCCGUUGACGCUUUUGAUGUUCUUAUCACUAGCAGUUAUUUAUGAGAAGCUGAAUUCUGAAUCACACUUAAAAAACAUUAUUGAACCAAACCUAAUCUCCUAAUUUUUCACUGGUACUUCAUAGUUAACACCCCGUGUAACACCAUGCAUUAUGUCGGGAUCGUAAUUGUAUUACCACACAUUUAUGUGAACAUCCUUUACAUAUGGUCUUUUAAGACGAAGUGUCAUGCAGGGGAUGCAGUGAAAGCUCCCAAAGUGUUUUUCUAUAAAAGAAGAGCUCAGCAUGGCAUCCUUCUGUCUCUGUGGUCCUGUUUCCAAUGGUUCUGUUCACUGUGAAAGAGACCUCAAUAGUUAGAGUUAGGCCUGUGGUCUACCGUCCUUUCAGAAUGAAAGCGGGUGCCAGUGGAAAGACUCAUCACCGGACCUUUGAAUCUACAAAGUAAUUUAUUUUUACUUUAUUAUUUGUUUUUGUAACCAAUAAAACUGUACUGCUACAAUGACUCGA